GAAGAAAAAAGAAAACUAUAGCCCCUGAUAUCGCUAAUGCCAGGCAGGGGAAGCUAGCCAGAAAGGGAGGACAAGAGGGUUUAGAGCUCACCUCCAUUCCUACCCCGAUCGACUCUCUCAAACCCUUCUGUCUCCUUUUGAGAUAAUUAAAAUCGAGUGUACACCGGCCCUAGUCGGUGCCCAUUCACCCUAACUCUCCACUGAACUAGGUUUGUAGUACGAGGGAGUGAGGACCCCGAGUCCACCAGCUCAACCCCGGCCCCGCCUCGUCGGCCUGGCCCUGGGCUGGGAGGAGAGGAUGCCUUUGGAGGCGCAGAAUCCGAAACCUGAAAAUUAUUAUUCGUGACAGAAGGACAAAAAAAGAAGUAAAAUGGAAGAUAUGGAUCAACUCAUAAACAACUUGGAGGUCCAACUUAAUUCAGAAGGUGGCUCAAUGCAUAUAUUCAAACAGGUCACUGGCCCUGUUAAAAUUAGAGAUUCCCUUAAGGCAGCAGACAGAGGUAAUAUGACAUCUCCACCACUCCUGGAUGCCAACCCCAUGGAGAACCCAGCACUGUUAAAUGACAUCAAGAUUGAGCCCCCAGAAGAACUUCUGGCUAAUGAUUUCAACCUGCCCCAGGUGGAACCAGUUGACCUCUCCUUUCACAAGCCAAAGUCUCCUCUUCAGCCUGCCAGUAUGCUGCAAGCUCCAAUACGUCCUCCCAAGCCACAGUCUGCUUCCCAGACUCUUGUAGUAUCCACUUCAACAUCAGACACAGGCACUUCAGCAAAUAUCCCUACUGUUCUGACUCCAGGCUCUAUCUUGGCCUCCUCUCAGGGCACUGGUGGCCAGCAGAUCUUACAUGUGAUUCACACCAUCCCCUCAGUCAAUCUGUCAAAUAAGAUGGGUAGCCUGAAGGCCAUCCCAGUGGUGGUGCAGUCGCUGCCCAUGGUGUAUACUACUUUGCCUGCAGAUGGGAGCCCUGCAGCCAUUACAGUCCCACUCAUUGGAGGAGAUGGCAAAAAUGCUGGAUCAGUGAAAAUUGACCCCACCUCCAUGUCUCCACUGGAGAUCCCAAGUGACAGUGAGGAGAGUACAAUUGAGAGUGGAUCCUCAGCCUUACAGGAUAUUCAGGUACAAGAACCAGCAGCAAUGAGCCAAAUGCAGGGAGAAGAGUCCCUUGACUUGAAGAGAAGACGGAUUCACCAGUGUGACUUUGCGGGAUGCAGCAAAGUGUACACCAAAAGCUCUCACCUGAAAGCCCACCGAAGAAUCCAUACAGGAGAGAAGCCUUAUAAAUGCACCUGGGAUGGCUGCUCCUGGAAAUUUGCUCGCUCUGAUGAGCUAACCCGCCAUUUCCGCAAGCACACAGGCAUCAAGCCUUUCCGGUGCGCAGACUGCAAUCGUAGCUUUUCUCGCUCUGACCACCUGUCUCUGCACCGCCGGCGCCAUGACACCAUGUAAGCGGCACAGACUGCACUAGAAGAGCUGCACUGGUCUCUUUCUUGUGUGUGUGUGUGUGUGUGUGUGUGUGCGCGUGCACGCAAUGGGGUCAUGACCAUCUUUUCCUCUUUGACUCAGCUUGCCUCUGGGUUGGGAUUGGAACAGUUCACUGAGCCAGGCUGAUGAAACUGGAGGAAAAGAUAGCUGAUCUUCCAUGGGGACUCUUUAUAUUCCACCUUCAUUUCUCCACUGACUAGUCCCCAGUUUUUUCAACCUCCGCAUGGGUUGAAUUCCAGUGCGGCACCCAUGGUUGCCCCCCUCCCGUCCCUGUUAUGAGAUAGGACAUUUUUCCUACAAUAAGAAAACAGGAAUCAAAUUCAAGGCUGUGAACAAACAUACGCUGCUUUUUGUUCUUAUUUUCCUCUUGUUUUAUAGAAUUCUUACCCAUAUUUCUGAAUCAGUACAUCAAAGUGGUUGGUAGUGUCCUAAAUUGACUUUUUUCAAGUUCCUAGACAGAAGAGGGCAUAACAUUGUAGUUGGCUGGUAAGUUUUACAGGGAUUUGGGUCCUGAGUAUAGGGCACAUUCUCAGUGAAUAAGCUGAGUCCCAUACCAAGCUCAAAGGUUUUGUAAAGCCAAUCUUAUUUGUUCUUACAGUUUGGUUUUCAGACAGUGCUGGUGCUUCUUGCUUCUUUAGUCCAUCAAAGGGAAUGAACGGAUCUUUUUGUCCUUCUCCUUUUCCUCCUCUUCUUCCUCCUCCUCCUUCAGGAUUAAAGAUUUUGCUGCACAAUUACAUUCUUUGUUUUGUUAAAUUUGGACAAAAAUUCAAAGCACACAUUGACAUGCCAGUAGGGUAAAAAGUGUUCCAGGAGAGUAAGUUGGACAGUGGCAGGAACAAGUAGACCCAGGAUGAUCCUGGAAACAAAUAGAGGAAGACAUUUUUUGGAUAGGAUAUCAAGAGUGCUCUAAUCACAAGUCUCAUUCAAAUGGCAAUCUGUUGAGAUAGUGUCUUGAGGGGCUACACUGUACUGUUUAUUCUUCUGUUUACAUAAAGCAACUGUUAUGUGCAUAUUGCAUGAUGAGAAAUGACACACUGGGGCCAUGUUAUACAGAGAUGAGGGGUUGGAAGAAAAAAAUGUGUUAAGUCCAUGGCAUUAUUUGCAUGCAUUCCUAUGUUUUAAAUGGAACUAUAAGAGGCUUUUAGUGAAAACUGACAAACAGAAAGCAAUUCGACGUUCUGCAACUGCUAUGAACAUCUAAGCCAUUUAUUUUAGCCAUUAAAACAUGUUGCAUAAUAUACACAUUUGGUUACCCAAUCAGACUGUUUUAUAAUAGUCUCUGGGACAUAAAACCCUCUGUUCCAGGCUCCGGACCUCAGAUCUACCUCCACAUGGCAUAUUUCCUCUCCUGGGGUCAGGGAGGGGUGGUUUGCAUCACUUAAUUGUGGACACAGCCUCUCUCCUGGAAAAGGCUGUCUUCAUAUGGUACCCCUUUUCCUUGGCAGAUAUUCAACCAGUCUCUCUUGGAUACUUCAGGUUAUUACAUCCCAAGGCCAUCUAGUCUGACUAAAUCAUAGAAUUCUAGCACCAAGAAGGGAUACUAUUAACUAUCUAGUCUUACCCAUCAUUAAUAUUUUACAGAUGAGACAAAUGCGGGUCAGAUUCCUUCCCUAGAUGUUUCCUUGAGGCCUUACAGACCUGCACACCCAUUCUCCCUGGGAUCACAUUAUUAAACCAAAUUAAAGAAAAAUUUACAUGAUUGGUUGCAGUAUUUGUCCAAGUUUAUAUGUUAUGCUUCAGAAAACUUUAGACCACUCACAAAAUCAUUUACAGUUGACUAAAUGGUAAGUAAAAUGUGCUUGUGGUCGUUGAUAUAUAACAUUAGGAACACCAUUUUUCUAUUCUAACACUUUCUAUAAUAUCUCAGGUUUGAUUUACCUCAUUUCAAGUUACAGUGUCUUUUCAGACCAUAAACCCUAAUAAAUUUAAGGACUACCUGUAUUUUUCAAAAUGAUAUGUAGAUUUUUACUAUUUUAGUCUUGUUAUUUUGAUAUAGGUUUUACCCUGACUUUUGGUGUGCAAGUUCCACACUGUAGACUAAUUGUUAAAGCACUAGGAAAUAUCUAGGGCCAAUCUGUUAAAGGGGACUUCUAUGCAGGUGUAAGACAGUUUGCUAAAGGUGAAUUACCAUCAUACAUAAGUUAAGCUUGUCAUUGAGUAGUUGAUAUGGUAUUUCACAGUAGAGUCUAAGGGCUUACCCAUUUUCUCCAGAGUUUGGAUUUGAGACUGUUUUUCCAGAGUUCAUAACUGACCUGUGCCCAUCAGGAUCUUUUGCAUUGGAGCAUAUGAUCUAUUUAUAAAUAAAGACUAUAAAACAUAGUGUUGUACUAACUAGGAUAAUCAAAUUAGGAUUCCAAAUAGUGGUAUCCCUGACAUCUCUAAGCCUUUAUUCAAUUUUUUUCCUGCAAAGUAAUGAGGGACUUUGUUAAUGCUUUAUUAAUUGUCUAUGGUCAGGAAACAAUUCUAAUCUUAUUUUCAUUGCCUUCUUCCCUGCAAAUAAUGAUAAAAUCUUUACAAAUUAUUUCCAUAUUCUUUAAGAAAUAUAUCAACAUUCAUUAAGAGUAUUUCAUGGAGUACAGGUACUCGAAUACAGUAUAAUACUGUACCACACCAAAAGCAAGUAGAACUUUGCUAAAUAGACAGUGAGAUGGAAAAGAACUGUCUCUCUUAGGUAGCAUUUGGAAUGAACUGAAUUUACUGUGCUCACACCAGCAAACCACCAUUAUGUGGUCAGUUGUCUAGGGCAUGGAAAAUGGCCUUGAUUGAUAGCGUUGAAUAAUACCUUGGAAUUUAUUGCAGUGGAAUUCCUCCAUUUGUAGAUGAUUGGCAAUUGAACAUUACUAUUGAUAAUUAUGAUUGGAAAAUUCAGGGAAAACUAUGAAGAAUAUGAACUGCUGAGUACAUUAGGUGGAGUGCAUUAUGGGCAAGACAGAAAGGUUUGUGAGAAUAAAUUCUUAAAUUCUUUUUAAAUAACGUUUUUAUUUUAAAACAGUUUUAGAUUUACAGAAAAAUUCUGAAGAUAGUACAGUUUCCCUAUAUCUCAAACCCAGUUUUCCCUAUUACUAACAUCUUUCAUUAGAUGUACAUUUGUUGCAAAUAAUGAAGUAAUUAUACAUUAUUAUUAAUUAAAGUCCAAACUUUAUUCAGAUUUUCUUAAUUUUUACCUAAUAUCCUUUUUCUUUUCCAGCAUCCUGUUCAGGAUACCACAUCACAUUUAGUAGUCAUAUCUCCUUAGGCUUCUCUUGGUUGUGACAAUUUCUCAGACUUUCCUUGUUUCCUAUGACCUUGGCAGUUUCGAGGGGUCCCUCAAUUAAUAUCUGUCUGAUGUUUUUCUCAUGAUUAAACUGAGCUUAUGGGUUUGGGGGAGGAAGACCACAGAGGUGAACUGCCAUUUUCAUCACAUCAUAUUAACAUGACGUAUAACCUUGAUGUUAAUCUUGAUCACCUGGCUGAGAUAGUGUUUGUCAGGUUUCUCCUCUGUACUCCGCCCCACCUUCCAUACUGUACUCUUUGGAAGGAAAUCACUAUGUGCAGCCCACACUUAAGGAGUGGUUAGCUAUGCACUACAUGCUUGAGGGUGAGUAUCUACAUAAAUUAUUUGGAUUUCUGCAUGGUAGAAUUGUCUUUUCUCCCUCAUUUAUGUAUGCAAUCAUUUUCUUGUAUCAGUAUGGACUCAUGGAUAUUUAUUUUGUACUUUGGGUUAUAGUCCAAUGCAACUUAUUUUGUUACUCAAAUUGUUCCAGCUUUGGUCAUUGGGCACUCUUUUGAGUUGAUUUCCAUGUUCUUUUGACAUACCCCCAUCUUUUUUUUAGCACACCUUUAUUUUCCAGCACUACAAGAUGCUGCAAGCUCAUCUUGUAUAUAUUUUUUGCCGAAUCCUGUAAUCAACCAUUUCUUUAAGGAGUCCUGGUUUGUUUUAAUGGAGAAUUGUAUUAGAAAUGAAGAUCUGGGCAUUAGGUAUGCUUGUUGCUACUUGUAUUUUUGCUUCUAGGUCAUCUCAGCUGACAGAGCAAGGAAAUAUAUGUGUGUACACUAACCCAUGUAUAUCUAUAUAUACAUAUCUACAAAUAUUUCUGUAGGUAAUCAUCCAUAUCUUUAUUAAGCUAAACAUGAGUUCAUACUGAUGUCUCCAACUCCAAUCCCUUACCACAUGGAUCAUCUUAUCCUAGCCUUUUGUCUUUGUUCACUCUAACCUUCCAGUCCAACAGUGAGAAACCUGGCUCCCACGUGUUGCCAUCUACUUACUUAAUUGUUCAGCUCCAGAGUAUAGUGAUAUCUGAAUUGUUAGCCUGUACACCUGUGGGAACAUCUAGAGCACAGUGCUUAUGUACAUGAUAGUAACAGCUUUAGUAUUCUAAGAGCUCUUUGAAACAAAGUGAUCUGCAAAAUUCAGGAGUUAGAGAUUUCUAUGACCUGAGUUCCAGGAACUUGGGGUGUAUCCUGCCCUCAAAAGGUUUUCUGAAGAACAAAACCAUUGGGAAUUGAUCUAAUCUUUAAUAAGCCAAAGGAAAUUAUUGAUCCUCCCUAGUGUGUUAAUACCUAUAUAGAAAUAGGUACACUGAAGAAAGUAGGUGUGCCCAAUUUAAAGAAACACUUAGCACUGUCUUUUCUCACUGGUAAAUAUGGCUCUCUGACAAUAGAGUUGCCACCCUAAGUUACCUCUCUUCCAUAUUUUCCCAUCUCUCACUUUAUUGACCUUAGGCAAGUCACAUCACCUCUCUGUGCCUCAGUUAACCCAUCUGUAAAAUGGGGAUCCAAAUACCUACCUCACAGGAUUGUUGUGAGGAUUCUCAUUAAUGGAUGUUGGCAAAAAUGACAAGUGAUCCUUAAAUGAACAACAAAGUAUUAUGAUUACCAUUAUGAUGAUAAUUAUAGUACUCUAAAUUUACCCUAGAAAAAGGAGAGGAUUAGGCUUCCUGGAUGAUAAAGAGCUAAAUUUGCAUAAGUAACAAGGAUAAUUGAAGAGUGGUCACUGGAAGCAAUAUUAUCUCUUCCUCUCACAUUCCCUACAUUCUCUUCAUUGCUAACUAUAGGAUUCUCAUCUGUUUCUAUACUCAAAGCAUAUUAGGGUCUAAAGGAAUAAGUAGACAAAAUCCAUUGCUGUAAAAGCUGUAUUCUUCCCCUUUCCUCACUCUGCCUGGACCACAUUACAUGUCACCCUGUCAGAAGCACAGAGUCAAUCUCCCACAGCCCUUCAAACUUUGGCCAGUCCAGCUCCACCAGUUACAUUUUGUCUUUCCACACUUAUUAUAUUCUGAACAGUAUAGGUAGAAGGGAAGUGGGGUGGGGUGGUUGGGGUGGGAGUGGGAUGGAAGAGAAUAGAACUUAUACUAGUGACAAGAUAUUUCUUUGAUUCUAAAAUACUGGUUUUACCUCCCAUUUCUUUUUCUGGUGGUGGGUUGGGGACAGGGGGAGAGACACUAUUUUGUUCAUUAAGAAACUCUCCUUCCUUUCCAGUAGAUGUUUCCCAGGAUCAGUAUAAGUAGUUGUUUUGGACAUUAUAACUAUGUUGUAUGCAGUGCUGUUUUCAUUGUAUUUCUGAAUAAAAAGACGAAGAGAAUCCCUAGUGGUGUCCAUCCUUGUUUUUUGACAGGAGGACACAGUGGGAAAACAGUGCCAGAAAUUGACUGUACAUUUUUGUGUUGGGGAAAGGAGCCUGCAGUGAAAUGAUUGAUUGUUUUUGGUCAUUGUUUGUUUAAAGAAGUUAUAGAACAGUAUAUUAAGCUUUAGUAUUUAUAACUCAUGUCUCUGCCUUCUUAUUUCAGUACUUUAGAGCAGCACCCUGUUUUUUCUCUAUUUUAUACUAGUUCUUGCUCCAGCGACAUGGCUGUGAGACUAAGAUUGUGAGCAAUCUCUCAUAUUCAAGUCUGUUAGGUCCCUGGAGAUACUCAAAAACUGCCUCAGUUAGCAUGGUCACUUAGAGAUUACUAUGUUCUCGCUCAAUGGGACUUUUCCUCUGUGGCAUCCAGGCAGGGUGUAUGUUUGGGAAAUAAGCA